AUGGCAGCCACGCAAGUAGUUCCAGGCCAAACAGUUGCCUCCGACAUCUUCCUCAAUGAGAAGAUGGAGGCAGCUAUUUCUUCUGCGGAAAUUUCGACUUCGCCGGGCAAUGAUACCAAAAAUCUGGACUCCAACCUAUUGGUAGUCUCGCCAUAUACCGAGAGAGAACAUCUCCUCGACUUGAGAACACUGGAUGCCGAAAAUGCCCUCCUGGCAAGAGCCCUGGUGCACAUGCGGGCGCUACGACCAGAUUAUGCAACGGCCAACUACAGCGAAACCUUCAACUGGACUGAAAUCAUCGAGCAACACCUAGAAAGCCUGGUGCGAGAAGGCGGCCACCAAUGGAAGAACACUUGCUUCUUCAUCGUCGCGUUCCGCUCACAGAUUCCACCGACGACAAAGUAUGCAGAUCUGGGCGCCAUGGACAAGGCCGCCCACGCUGAAGCGACAGCGAGUGGAGGGUUUCUGAAGUAUUGGUUCGGAACACCAGACCAGGACGGAAGAAAUCUUGCGACCUGUAUUUGGAGAUCAGAGCCUGAAGCAAAGGAAGGGGGGAAGGGUCCAGCACAUCGCAAAGCUGCGGGUGCGACCCGUCACCUGUACACCCACUGGAAGAUUGAGAGGUAUCGACUCACCAUCUGCGACGACCUGCAGAGCUGGGAUCUUGUCGACUGGGCGGAUUGA